AUGUCUAUGGAGUUCUUGAUUCGCUUAUUUUGUCGCAUGAAGCUAUAUUUGGCUGUCAUUCUUUUGCAGUUUGGCUAUGCCGGGAUGGCCAUUAUUGCCAAGUUUGCUUUAAACCGGGGGAUGAGCCAUUUCGUACUCAUAGCCUACAGGAUGGCCAUUGCCUCCCUUGUUAUUGCUCCUUUCGCCUUUGUUUUUGAAAGGACAUCAAGGCCAAGGAUGACAUUGUCCAUCUUCGCGAGGGUAAUACUGCUGAGCUUCUUUGACCCUGUUCUUGACCAGAACCUGUAUUAUAUUGGGAUGACGUAUACAAAUGCCUAUUUCACAUCUGCCAUGUGCAAUACCCUUCCAGCCUUCGCAUUUGCAAUGGCUUGGAUUUGCGGGCUUGAGCAGGUCAAUACUAGGAGACUGCACAGCAUGGCAAAGAUAUUUGGGACCUUAGUGGCGGUUGGCGGAGCAAUGUUUAUGACUCUGUUCAAAGGAUCUGUACUGAAUCUGCCAUGGACAAACGGAAGAAACCAUCAUGAUCAUCAAUCUGCUGGACCUGCGCAUAAGCAAGAUGUCUUCAAGGGUGCUCUACUGGUCUUCGGGUCCAGUUUCUUCUGGUCUUGCUUCAUGAUUCUACACGCAUUUACACUGAAAGUGUACCCUGCCAAGCUCUCCCUCACAGCUUUGAUAUGCAUUACGGGAACGGUGGAAUGCACCAUAGUGGCCUUGGCAUUUGAGAGGGGCAGUGCUGCAGCGUGGUCCGUACACUUGGAUGCCAAAUUUCUAGCCAGUGUUUAUGCAGGAGUACUCUCUGGUGUAGCUUAUUAUACCAUGGGAGUGGUAAUCAGGGAAAGGGGACCCGUUUUCUUCUCUGCUUUCAGCCCUCUAAGCACUGUCGUUGUUGCAAUUGUGGGCUCCCUCGUAUUAGCAGAAGAAAUGUAUUUAGGAAGGAUUAUUGGAGCGGUUAUUAUUGUGAUUGGCCUAUAUUUUGUUCUAUGGGGUAAGAGGAUCGACCAGCCUACAUCUAGUGACACUGCAGCAGCAAACGAAGAACAGAUGGCUACAGUUACCGAGAGUAUGGGGACUUCAAAUCGUGUAUUCGUUGAUGUUUCCAGCGUAGUACCGAAGGAUGAACAUGUUUAA